AUGGGAAGCUCUAAAAAGGGGAAAAAGAGAGGUGGGCGCUGCGCUGCAGGUGUACGAGCGUACUAUUGCGCCGUGCUUUUCCGGGUUUGCCAGAUCGAUGCAUCUUUUCGCUGGUUUUCGCAGCAAGCUGAGGAAGAAGACAUGCUUAAUAGGUUGGCUGGAAAAAGGUGGUACUAUUUAGAUGAAUACUCUGGCUACAACCAGAUAUCAAUUGCUCCUGAAGAUCAGGAAAAGACUACUUUUACAUGUCCUUAUGGCACCUUUGAAUUUAAACGCAUGCCAUUUGGACUAUGUAAUGAACCAACAACUUUUCAGAGGUGUAUGAUGUCUAUCUUCUCGGACAUGGUGGAGGACACUCUUGAGGUAUUCAUAGAUGACUUUUCAGUGGUAGGUGAUACUUUUGAUGACUAUUUGUUCAAUCUUAGCAGGGCUUUACAGAGAUGCGAGAAGGCCAAUCUAGUGUUGAACUAG